UUAGUGUUUUAAGAUGUUAUCUGGGUUCCCUUUCAUUUUCAAACUGACAAGAAAAAUCAAGUGGAAUCCCUUCAAAAUGAGAAUCGCAUAACAUUAAAAUUAGCAAAAGUGAUUGAUCACAGAAAAUUUGUGAAGGGAGGAAGAAGAAAUAGGAAGGGCGAGGGAAUUUAGAAGGAUUCCAGCAAGUGGAGAUUUGACAAGACGAUAUAUGUUAAACUGAGUUAGAGUUCAUUCCAUCCCCAAAUAACUAGUCAUUUAGGAAGGUUUACCCUUGGAGAUAACACUGUACUUGUUGGACUAAGCAUCCUAUCAUCAACAAGUCCCCUCGGUCCAUCAUGAGUUGAAAAUACUCCAUUAAAGAUGGUCAAACUUCAUGCUUGAGGAUGUGUACAAUUUUCUAGAGAGAAGAGAUGCUAUGUACUUGCUCUCCACAUGGAUUGGGCUUGAGAAGGAUGAAUCAAUCAAUCAACCAAAUGGAUCAGGCCAAAAAGAAUCCAAGCAACAACAAUAGAGACAAUAGGAUAUUAGAGUAGGUUAAAUAACAUGAUUAGUCCAUAGAAUACGUUACAUAAUAUCAUUGGUCUAUAGACCUUGUGAUAAGGUUAACUAAUUUUAUUAGUUCUCCAUGUAAUUCUAUAAAUAGACAAUCAAUAUGCAACCUAAAGGCAUUCAAUUCAGUACAAUAUAACUAGUGUGUGAGGUUAGAGAUUUCCUCCAACAAGUCCAAUCUCUCUCUCUCUCCGCUCUCCUCUCUCCUCUCUCCAUUCUCGAUGAUGCCAUUUUAGGGAUUGGCGUUGCUUUGCCCUAGUGGCUAGCACAUUGAUACCAUGUUGCCCGAGGUGCCGGAUUCGAGCCCUCUUAGCAACAAAUAAAAAUGCAAUAUUUGCAUAAUGUUGCCUGAGGUACCGUGUUCGAGUCCUCUUGGCAACAAAGUGGAACUGUGCCUCCCCAAAAAAUCCCUUCGGGGGUUUCUGGGGUAUGGGGUCGCUCAGCGGUGGGGCCAGUCAUUAUAAAAAGUUUACGCUACCUUAGUUUUAGUCCCCGUGGCUAUGGGGCCACGGUAGGACAUCCAGGUUGUCACCUAGGCACCCGCGGUUCGAACCCCAGUUAUGACGUAUUUGUAGGAUUUUUUCCUCCAAAUGGAGGGUGCAAUCAAAGGAUGCUGGGCUUCUGAGUUGGCCGCCGUAUGCGCUUCCUGAUUUAUCCUGGUGGCUGGUGGGAAAUUUCUAUGGGGCGGUGGUUGGAUUCCCACUUUAUCAUGUUAUUCAGUGUAAACAAUAAUUCAUUGAUAUGGCCAAGUCUUGUUAACAGAAUUUAAAGUCAUAGAUUCUCCUAGCUAGCAAUGUAUAUGUUUUAACUGUGAUUUAUGUCCUAUCCCACCCCUGUAGAAUGAGUUAUAUAUUUUCCCCUAGGUAGGUGUUCAAAAGUCCUAAUAUCUUCAUAUUAAAUGUCCAACAAUAGGAUCAGGUUUACUUCCUAAAACAUGGACAUUUAAACAUGCUCUAGCUUUAUUGAAGUGGUUAUGAAUGUUAUCAUGUGGAACUACAAAAAAUUUCAAGCACAUUCCACUUAAUUUCUUUCUCCAAUCAUCAUGGACCCAACUUCAGUUUUUCUCUGUAUCCAGUUACGCUUCCAAUUGAAUCAAAUUCUCUGUCAGUUUUAGUUUUUCAAUUAGAUAUUUAUUUGCGUACUUCAUGACCAUUAUCUUAUAAUUUUAGUUUCCACAGGUGCACAUCUUUUAAGCCUGACCAUGCAUCCAUCGGUGUGCAUUGGUGGCUUAUCUAAUUAUCAAGGAUAUUUUGCAAUAUGAGCUGCUCCUCAGGCAACUCUUCUGACAAUAAUUUUGUAUCAAGAAGCGACACCAUCUUCUGUGGAGUGUUCGAUGGCCAUGGUCCAUUUGGUCACCUGGUGGCCCAAAAGGUCAGAGAUUCUCUUCCUCUCAAAUUGUCUAACAAAUGGAGCGCUAACCUUAUUGCUAAGGUGAGAAGUAAGGAUUCUGAAGAAAUGACAUCCUUCAAUACUGAUGAAGAACCUGAUGAAGAACCUAGUGACUCCUCGGAGUUCCAUGGGAAUGGCACAGUACCUGAAAUGUAUCCUCCACUAAAGAAAUCCUUCUUAGAAGCCUUUAAGGUAGUUGACAAAGAUUUGAAAGAUAACUCAGCAGUUGACUGUUUCUGUAGUGGAACUACUGCUGUUACUAUGGUAAAGCAGGGACAAGAUCUUGUAAUUGGAAAUCUAGGUGACUCAAGAGCAGUGAUGGGCACCAGAGAUAAAGAUAACAAUUUGAUUGCAGUACAGAUGACUGUGGAUUUCAAGCCUAAUCUUCCAGGAGAAGCAGCAAGAAUUCAGAAAUGCAAAGGAAGAGUUUUUGCCCUGAAGGACGAACCAGAAACUGCACGUUUAUGGCUACCAAACAGGGACUCACCAGGCCUGGCCAUGUCAAGAGCUUUUGGGGACUUCUGCCUUAAAGAUUAUGGUUUGAUAUCUGUGCCAGAUAUCUUGUAUCACCGUCUCACAGAUAAAGAUAAAUUUAUCAUUCUUGCUUCUGACGGGGUAUGGGAUGUUCUAUCGAACAAGGAGGCUGUUGACAUUGUUGCUUCAGCACCAUCUCGUGCGACAGCCGCAAGAGCCCUUGUCGACUGUGCGGUGCAAUGCUGGAGGCUGAAAUUUCCUACCUCAAAGAUCGAUGAUUGUGCUGUUGUCUGUCUGUUCUUUGAGAAGCAAUCAUCAACCGACCAAUUUCAGAAAGCCGAUUCCAAGAAAACACCUACUCACCCAUCAGAAUCGACGGAGGGCCCUCCAGAUAAGGAAGCUACAACCAUGCUAGAAAUGGAUCAUUCGGUUUAUGGAACUGAGAAUCAUAAUUCUCCACUGGAUGAGAUUGUACCAGUAACUGAAGAACCUACUAAGACCCUUGCUGCUUGCAUAUCGACCGUCGAGGAUGAUGAAUGGUCUGCUCUCGAAGGCGUAACGAGAGUGAACUCGAUACUCGAUAUCCCAAGAUCUUUGAAUACUGGAAAAAGAUCUACAGAUUAUUGAUUUAAAGAUGGAUUUCUCCAUUCUUUCCAUUGUUUGAUAUCUCAGAUUCUCAGGAAAGUCUGAAACAAAAGCUAGUAGACUCGGAGCUUCUUCGAUAUCUGAAAGUGUAUGAUCACAUAGAUCAUUGGAGCAUUAUGAUUCUGCAGUAAGUUCACAAUCUUCUUUUUUUACUUGCUUGUGAAAUAUGUAUGUUUCUUCACUUUUAAGAAAAUAGCUAAUUUAAUUAGAUUAGUUAUAACGACUUUCGAUAGGAGCUCAUCAAGUUGACUCGAAGCUUUGGUCAACCUGAUCGGUUUAAAUUAAUAAUUGAUGUAACUGUCAUUUGAUUAAAAUAUCCAAGAGUAGUCGUUUUAUCUUA